AAAAUUACAGCGAUAAUUUGGCUUAAAAAUCGAAUUCUUUGCACUGGUCAAAAUGUCAAAUACAUAACAGAGUUUGCCGACACUGAAACAGGAAUUUAUCGAAAAAUUUGGAAACAACAACAUACUGAUGGUAUUACUUGUGUUGUUGUAAAAGUUCCUAAAACUCUUGUUACUGUUUCUGCAAAUGGUGAACUUGUCUUGUGGUACUUAGAGUCUGGUCAGCCAUAUAAAAUGCAUCAAAUUAUUAAUCCAAUCACAAGGUUAAUAUUUUAUAUUAUAUUAAUUAUUCGUAUAAAACACAAGCAAUUGUUACAAAACAUAAAAAUGUAUUAUAAAAGUAAUCAAUAUGAAUUACUGGAUAUGAAAACAGACAAUUUUAAUAAAAAACAACAAUUUACGAAAGCAACAGCGCUUGCUCUUUUAUUUCUUACGUCGAGGCCAAUGACACCUAAUGUUGGAAGCUUGUUAGUAUCUAUGAAUUCUGGACAAAUUCAAGGAUGGAGUUAUCAUCCGGCUGGUGGAUUACUCGGAACUUUUUCAGCGAUUCAUAAUGAUAAAGAUUGGUGUUUGAGUUUAUCUACCGAUCCAGAUAACAGUUUUUUAAUAACAGGACAUUUUUUAGGAUAUAUUAAAGUAUGGCUAUUGACAAAUUAUUUAAAUAAAUCCUCUUCCAAUGUCAAUAUCGCUAAAUUAAAGUUAGAGUUUUGUUUUCUAUGGAAAGAUAAUAUCUUAGGUCGAGCAAAAAGAGCAGUUCGUAAUCAAAAACUUCCUAUGCUCUUAUCUUCUUUUCGAGGACAUACUAUGUCUGUAAAUUCUAUUCAAUUUAUACCAAAUGCUAGGCUCAUUAUUAGUGGAAGUGUGGAUCGUACAGUUAGAUUGUGGACUUUAGGCGGACAGUAUAUCUCUACUUUUGGAACCUUCAAGUCAUGGAAAACAAUUUUACCGAGUAUUCCAGCAGCUACAUACUAUGAGGAUUACGAUAUUCCACCGGACAUUAAAAAAAUCGGUUCUUCCACGACUAUAAAAGUUCUUAAAGGUGGAACUGUUGGAGGGAAAAUAAAAAAAAUGGGAGAAGCUAAGGAAUUUAGUGAAUUAUCCGAUGAUGAAAAAAAAUUACUCUACGGUAAAAAAUUAGAUGAAUCAGUUUUGAAGUGUGAUACCUACUUAUAUUGA